AUGGAGCCUUAUUUUUCUUCAAUUCAAUCUCUUGUGGGUGAGAUCAAGAGAGAUUUGAUGCUGUCCUCAACCCUCAGCCAUUUCCCAACAAUGUUUGUUUCCCCAUCAGCUUAUGAAACUGCUUGGCUGGCCAUGAUUCCCCAAGACCCACAAUCAAAAAAGGGUCCAAUGUUCAAAGGUUGCUUGGAUUGGAUCAUAAAAAACCAGAAAGAAGGAGGGUUUUGGGGAGAAGAAGACCAGGACGGAUUUCCCACCAUUGAUGCCCUUCCCUCCACUUUAGCAUGCAUUGUUGCUCUCAACAUGUGGGCAGUUGGCAAAGAAAAUGUCACUAAAGGGCUGGUCUUCAUCCAUGGAUAUUCUGAAAAAUUGCUUAUGAGGGCCAAAAAUAAUUAUCAUCAACCUCCUCGCUGGUUAACUAUAGUUUUACCUGGAACCAUCGAACUUGCUCAGUCAAGAGACCUUAAAAUUGAGUUUAGUCUUGCUUUCAAUGAAAUGGUGUCUGAAUUGGAAGUGCUUGUGGACAAAUGCCACAACUUUCCAUUAAUGUCAUACCUCGAAGCGCUUCCAGCAUCGUAUAUAAUAAAUGAACAAGAUGUGUUGAUGAAUUUGAGUGAAAAUGGGUCGUUGUUUCAAUCUCCAUCUGCAACUGCAUUCGCGUUUAUGGCCACUGGAAACCAUAAAUGCUUGAAGUACUUAGAGUUUGUAGUAAAGGAAUGUGACAAUGGAGUCCCCACCACGUAUCCUUUUGACGAAGAACUCAUCAAGCUGUAUAUCAUCAACCAGAUACAAAGAUUAGGAUUGGCUGAGCAUUUUGGUGAAGAAAUUGACCAAACUUUAGAAACUAUUCAUAAAAGUUACAACAACCACGAAUUCACCGGAGACAACACCGAUUUUACCCCAGUAAAUAUUUAUAAAGACAGUCUCGCAUUUCGUCUUCUCCGAAUGCAUGGCUAUAACGUUACACCAGAUAAAUUUUGCUGGUUUGUUCACAAUCAAGACAUUAUUUCCCACAUAGAAAUUUACCAUGAACAAUACAUGAGUGCUUUGUACAACAUUUAUUGUUCCUCCGACCUAAUAUUUCCAGAAGAGCGUCAAUUAGAGAAAGCAAGAUCGUACUCUAUAAGAUUGCUAAGAAAAGGCGUUUCUUCAAUAAAUGCCAGCGAAGAUAGUCUUGUUGCUUUCCCCAAUUUGAAAAGUUUGAUUGACCGUGAUUUGAAUGUUCCAUGGAUGGCUCGCCUAGAUCAUCUUGACCACAGGUUUUGGAUUGAAGUUAACAUGGAAGCUGAUACCUUAUGGGUUGGCAAGGCUUCUUAUUAUAGGUUGCUGCCUCUUCAAAAUGAUAAACUAAUACAACUUGCUGUGAGAAAUUAUGAGUUUCGGCAGUCAAUUUAUAGGAAGGAACUUGAAGAGCUCAAAAGGUGGUCUAAGGAUUGGGGUAUAACUUCCAUGGGAUUUGGUCGCGAAAAAUCUGAUUACUGCUAUUUUUCCAUCGCUUCUGCCACUUCGUUGCCCCAUGACUCUUUCGUCCGGAUGAUUGUUGCCAAGAGUUCCACAGUUGUUACAAUUGCCGACGACUUUUUCGACACAAAAGGUUCUUUAGAAGAAUUGCAGACGUUGACGCAAGCUUUUCAAAGAUGGGAUGGGAAUGAUUUGACCAGCCACUCUAAAAAAAUAUUCGAUGUAAUCGACCACCUCGUGACUGAUAUAUCGACAAAGCUCCACCUUCGAAGCGGACAAAACGCGUUGGAAAACCUUCGCGAAAUGUGGAGGGUAACUGGUACGAUAUCCUUCACCAUGGAGCAAAAUGGGAUAUGUUCCAUCAAUGGAUGA